AUGUUUACAAAGAAAUUGGGGAAUCCUACAAAAAAGAAAGAGAGUCCGAGCAAACAGGAUAUUUCCCAAUUUGGCCUAUACAAAAAUCCCAACAUCUCAACUACUAUAAAAAGCACAGCUAAAAAAAUUGCCAAGUGCUCUUCUUCAUGCAAUUUAUCAACUGAAGAAGAUACUGUGAAGAAGGAAUUCUCACUUUCUCCAACCCUCAGUUAUCGGGUAGCAAUUGCCAAUGGUCUGCAAAAGAAUAUUAUUCUAGCUGGCAAUAAUAACGAGGAUGCAUUUCAAGAAGUAUCUUCUCUUGAUAGCUCAUACUCUGAAUCUCUAAGUGAAACAAGGGCUGGCAGUACACCCAAGGAAUACGCAUCCCACACCAUGCCAGUAAGGCGAAACAGGAAAAGUAUGAGCAGUUUAGCUCCAUCUGAUGGAAGUUCUGAUGGGGAACGUACCUUACAUAGUCUAAAAAUGGGUGCUCUACGUAAACUUAGAAAAUGGAAAAAGAGUCAAGAGUGUGUUUCUUCUGAUUCAGAAGUAAGCACAUGGAAAAAAACAUGGGGGUUGAGGAGCAAGUCCUUAGACCGAACAGUCCGUCAGCAGAAAAGCAGUACGCUUGAACCUGGCUUUAGUUCAACAGGAUGCAUAAGUCAGACCCAUGAUGUGAUGGAAAUGAUCUUCAAAGAACUGCAAGGUAUAAGUCAAAUUGAAACUGAGCUUUCAGAAUUAAGAGGACAUGUGAACUCUCUAAAGCAAUCAAUUGAUGAAAUUUCUAGUAGUGUUGAAGUUGUACAAAGUGAAAUCGAACAGCUGAGAACGGGAUUUGUACAGUCAAGAAGGGAAACUCGAGAUAUCCAUGACUAUAUUAAACAGUUAGGCCACCACAGUAGUAAAGUCAGUCUUAGGUUUUUAAAUGUGCCUGAAGAGAAAGGAGAGGUUUGUGAAAAUGUUGUUUAUAAAAUUUUAGUUGAGAAAAUGGGAUUUGCGGAUGCCCAAAACAGCAUGAAAAUUGAACUUGCACAUAGAAUAGGACAUCAAAGAGACUGUCCCAAUGCAAAGCCUCGACCAAUUCUUGUCUAUUUUGGUACACAGCAAGACAGAGAUUUAGUUUUAAAAAAAUGUUACAAACUAAAGGGAACUGGAAUAGGAGUUUCUACAGAUCUUCUUUCACAUGAAUUGAAAGGUAAAAAAGAAAAGGUACUACCUUCUUCUCAGACUUAUGAGAGUAUGGAUAUGAAAUUUUCUGCCAUGGAGCCAAAGAUUAACCAUGAUGAAUGGGAAUGUCAGGAAGACAGUGACAAGGAAAUAGAACCUGAUAUCAACAGGAAUAGUUAUGCAAUGAUUUCCAAAUCAGAAGGUCAGAUGAAGUCAACGGGGAGCAAAAAGAGUGGCCAAACAUCACACAAUAAAAAACCUCACAGAACGGCUGAUGCCACUUAUAAAAGCAAAGAUGACUAUGGAGAUCUUAAUUUUCAGUCACCAGUAUCUGAUAGCUUAGAGAAAAGUAAAGUAUAUUACAGUGAUUCAACUCCUUUGUGGCAUUCACAAACUGAUUUUUCUACACCCAAACUAAGUCGUUCUGAAUCAGAUUUUUCAAAGUUAUGUCAGUCCUACUCUGAAGACUUUUCAGAAAACCAAUAUUUUGUUAGAACCAAUGGCAGUUCUUUGCUGUCCUCUUCCGAUAGGGAACUAUGGCAAAGAAGACCUGAUGACAGUUCAUCAACCUGGUAUGCAAGCUCUCAAGAACAAGCAUUUGGUACUGAUGCAGAACCUUACCAUGAAGGAAAUGAAAUAGAGAAUACUGAAACUGUUGACAGUGGUGUAAGCAAUGGAAUACUUUGUGCUUCCGGAGAUCGUAGCCACUACAGUGAUUCUCAACUUUCACUACAUGGUGAUUUGUCUCCUUGGAAGGAAUGGCACCAUUUAGAACAAGGAACUGAUUCUGGUCUUGACACAUCUACACAACAUGCCUUUGACUAUAAUGUCAACUGCCCUUCAAAUCAACAGAUGGAAAUUUAUGCAAACAACUAUGAAAAGUGCCAAAGUACAGAUCUUCAAUACAAUACAGAAAACUUCAACUACACACUUGAUAGCAAUUCCCCAUCUUGCCCAGAAAUAUGCACUGCAGCACAAAAUCAGUGGACUAGUGAGUAUGAUUCCUAUAUUGAAACAAAUGCCAAUGACAUUUACCAGAACCAAACGAGAAUGCCAAUGAUGUAUCACAGCCAGAGUGAGUUGCCAAGCGAUGACUCAGAAGAUGCUCCACCAAAAUCCUGGCACAGUCGAUUAAGCAUUGAUCUCUCAGAUAAGCCCUUCAGCUUUCCUAAGUUUGGCUCUACUCUCCAGAGGGCAAAAUCAGCUCUGGAAGUUGUUUGGAAUAAAAGCACUCAGAGUUUAAGUGGUUAUGAUGAAAGUGGUUCUUCGUUUAUGGGCAGAUUUCGGACUUUGUCUCAGUCUUCAGCUAAUGAAUCCAGCACAACUCUUGACUCUGAUGUCUAUACAGAACCUUAUUAUUACAAAGCUGAUGAUGAUAUUGAUUAUAGUGAGUCAGCGGCUGGUAAUGAGAAUGGAGGUGAUUAUGUAGAGGUGAUGGAACAAGUUCUUGCCAAACUUGAAAACCGAACCAAUACAAAUGAGAAUUUAGAGCAGAUGGAAGAUUAUCAAGAGUAUGAAAACAGUUUAUAUGAUGCAGAGUUUGCAAGUCUACAAACUGAUGAUUAUGAUACCCCGUUUGAUGACUUGGUCACUGAGGAUGUUUUAGAGCCUGAAUGUGAAAUAGUCUAUAACGAGGCAGAAAAUGACUACGAAAACAAAAAUAUACCAGAAAAAGUUGUGGAAGUCCCAAAGAAGAAACGCAUCCGUCCCAGCUUUAAGGAGGCUGCCAUGAAAGCAUACAAGAAAGAAAUGGCUGACCUUGAAGAACGGAUCCUUGCAGGAGAUAGCAAAGCUAUGGAUGAAAAGGCUCGAAUAGUUGGUGGUGGUGCACUGGAUGCUUCCAAACUUUAUGAAAUACAAACAUCUGGCGGACCUGGAAGUGGGCUUUAUGGAAUUGACAGUAUGCCAGAUCUACGGAGGAAGAAGACACUGCCUAUAGUGAGAAAUGUGGCAUUGACACUAGCUGCAAGGAAAGCUGGAAUCUCCCUUGCAAUGGUUAUCCGGACAUCUGUAAACAAUGAGGAACUGAAAUCCCAUGUUUUCAAAAAGACAUUGCAAGCCCUUAUUUACCCAAUAUCAUCCACUACACCUCACAACUUUGAAAUAUGGACAGCGACUACACCAACAUACUGCUAUGAAUGUGAAGGCCUGCUGUGGGGCAUUGCAAGACAAGGCAUGAGAUGUACAGAAUGUGGGGUCAAGUGUCAUGAAAAAUGCCAAGACCUUCUCAACGCUGACUGCUUGCAAAGAGCUGCAGAAAAAAGUUCCAAGCAUGGAGCAGAGGACAAAACACAACAUAUAAUUAUGGCAAUGAAGGAAAGAAUGAAAAUCAGAGAAAGAAACUGUCCAGAAGUUUUUGAGCUUAUUCAGGAGCUUUUCCAAAUAUCCAAAGAGGACUUUGUGCACCAUACCAAGGCAGCCAAGCAGAGUGUUUUGGAUGGAACAUCAAAGUGGUCAGCUAAAAUCAACAUCACAGUGGUUUGUGCUCAGGGGUUACAAGCAAAAGACAAAACAGGCUCAAGCGACCCUUAUGUGACAGUCCAAAUUGGGAAAACCAAGAGACGAACUAAAACCAUAUUUGGAAACCUAAACCCAUCGUGGAACGAAAUCUUUCACUUUGAAUGCCACAACUCCACAGACAGAAUAAAAGUGAGAGUUUGGGAUGAAGAUGAUGAUAUAAAGUCCAGGAUGAAGCAACACUUUAAGAAAGAAUCAGAUGAUUUCCUUGGGCAAACAAUUGUUGACGUGAGAACCCUCAGCGGGGAAAUGGACGUCUGGUAUAACUUAGGUCCCUAA